GACUAUUCCACCUUACCAGACAAAGCUGGCCCUGGUGAAGCAGGAACUAGGUCUUCACCUAAAGGAACACCUCCAUCUCCCCAGACAUCCACUCCUUUGGUAAAGAAAACCCCAGAGAAGACUCUACAGCUUCCCAGUCCUCCUGAAUAUGUGCUCUAUACAGAUGGUGAGCUGGAACUAGCUCGGAAACACUAUUUUGAGAUGGCCUGCACUGGUAGAGAGGGAGAAGCUGCCAUGUCCAAAGAGCUGAGAUGCAGGCUGGUGAGAAACACUGUCACCAGCAUGAUUUCAAUCUUGAGAGCAAAUCGACAAGGAGAGCAGUUACGAUACCCGUCCAAGUACGAUGUUACUGCCAUGGCUAAGAAACUAGUGGAGUAUUAUCCCAUGCUACAGGAUAACGACUUACCUGCCAAAUAUGUAUGUGAUUAAAUUUUUUUCACAUUUAUUUCAGACUUCUGAAAUUAUAUACGUGAUAUUACGUUUCUUUUUUUCUUUCAACAUCUUAUUCACCAUAGACGAGCAUGUACAGUUAUCUUCAGAAGAGGAUCCUGAAUAUUAAGUCCCCUCGAAAGAGGCAGGGUCCCACACCAGAGAGGGGCCAUUCAAAAAAAGGCGCCACAUUGAGUUCUCACCAAGUGACCAGGGAGAAGAUGAUGAUGCAGAUUCAAGUGUCGGAUCAACGAUUCUUUUGCCACCAGUGAGCAGUUCUGAUGGCGACAGUUCAGUCAACAUGGAUAGUCUAGCAACACAGGCCAGGCAUUACAAGACUCUGCAGGACCUGUAUAAGAAGCCAAAACCCAACCGAGAUGCUGUUUGCCAAAUUCUUGACCUUGAGUUUCAAUCAAGAAGAGCCUUCAUUGACAGUGAUGUUCUGAAAGAAGAAGAUAGGCCAACAAAGAUUCUAGAGGCAUAUCCAUGUUUCAAGGAGCUUCACAAUGUGAUGGAUGAGCUACGGCGGAUCCUGGAUAAGAACAACAACAAAUUCAUAACUGAAGUAAAGGCAAGAUGGGAGGACUUCUGCUCCAUGGUUCAGUUUUAUGGUCUUUGGAAGAAGGUGUUAAAGCCACCGAUGAACCAAAAUAGAGUGGAAUGCAACAUCGCCCUGUUUAGGGCGCUCCCCACACUCUUCCCCUCACCAACUGCGCCACCCAAGAAGCUGGGACAUGCCAGUGAGGCAUUGCUUCAUGUCCUUCAGCCAACAGAAGAUCCAGCCAUCUACCUUCAGAGGAGAUCUCUCUUCAGCCCUGUUUUGCUCUUUGAUGGGUCCCACUGUAUUAUGGCAAUUGGAACCACACCCAUCACCACAUUUGCUGAAGAAGACCUCCGUCAAGGUUUGCUGUAUCUGAUGGCAUACUACUACACCUUGCAUCUCACAUAUCCAAAGUGUGUGGCAACCCUUCUGUCUGUCAUUCAGACUGAAGUGUUAAAGGACAGUAUCCAUGAGCGAGACACCACAAGCUCAUACAAAAAAGCCAUGGCAGAGUGGAAGGCUUUUAUUCAGGAGUAGAGUUGUACAGGUACACGACUUUCAUGUCUGUGUUGGAAAGUUUUAACCUAACAUAAGAGCUGUAAAAAGACAUUUAAAUUCUUCAUUUUUGUUUAUCUAAUACAAACACAUCUUCUGUUCUUCAAAUGUUCUGCUUUAUAAUGUGAGUUUCAGUAGCUUUAAAUGUUGAUUAGAGUUAAUUAACUUUACCAGUUUUUAGUUGUAAUUGAAAGUUACUAUUAGUUCAAUGACACCAUGUAUAAUGUAUAGCAUUACUUGCAUUACAACCUCAACAUUACCAUUUCUGUGUGGGUUUGUUUUGCACAUUCAUGUGUGCAAUGCUGUAUACUAUUGUUGCUAUUUGGAGAAGCAAUUUAA